AUGAGUACAGAUCGAAGUACUGAUACUUCAUACAGAACUAGUAAUCGUUCUAACAAAAUUAAGGAACUAAUUCCAAAAUCUUUGAAAGUCCGUAACAUGCUUGAUAUUGGAUGCUCUGAAGGAUCAAUUACGCAAGCUGUUGGACAUGAACUUGGUUUAACAAAAGAAAACAUUCAUGGCUUGAACAAUCCAAUCAUCUACCUUUCAAAUAACUCAUUUUCACUUGUGACAGCUCUCAUGUCUUUUCAUCAUAUCAAAAACGUAGAGGAAACUAUCAAAGAGGUGUACAGAAUUUUGGAGCCAGGAGGAGCUCUAAUUAUUCGAGAACACGACUGUUCCCCUCCUGAAACUUCACUCACCCUCGACAUCAUGCACGGAUUAUACUCACUGGUUUGGAGUUCUCCUCGAGAGAUGCCCAAUUUUUGUUCUGAAUACUUUGCUGAAUAUCGAUCUAGCGACAGUGGACCGAGUUAA